GUGUCCAGCAGGGGGUUGUCAUAUGUGGAGCCCCGGCUGCGUCCUGGUCUCUCUCCCCAAGCCCCCUGAUUCGACUAUAUAAUUCUUUCUGCUGGAGCUGCGGUGCCGGCUGUUUGGGCUCGGCCAUCUUGACCCGGAGCGUUUCUCCGGGUUUUCUGUGUGCCUGGUGGUGAUGGUGGUGGGGUAUAUUUAAUAUCUGAGACAGUUCAGAGUCCUUUGCUCGGAAACGGGCUGAGAGCCCACGUACCCUGAAGCGCUUGGCCAGAAGGUGAAGCACGCAGUGCCCAGGACUCCCAGUGGUUGGGCCAGGUCAGAGACCGACGCGUGUGCACCUGGGUGCCCUGCAGCAGACUGUGUGGUGAAACCGUUUUACAGAGGAUGUUAACGCAGGAGGGGAUGGAUUUCAGAGAUCGUUUGUCUACAUUUCAAGAAAGCUGCACUGCUCUUGAUACGACUGUAGCUCUGCCGUCUAAGAACUCAGCCCUUUCCCACAAGGGAUGUCUUGAGAAAGAAAAUAUGUCUGCUCUUUGCCAAACAACAAAGUCCCAGACCCCCAUGCAGGUGUUUCAGGGCUCUGUGUCAUUCAAGGAUGUGGCUGUGAACUUCACUGAGGAAGAAUGGAAAGAACUGAACCCUGCUCAGAGAGUCUUGUACAGGGAUGUAAUGCUAGAGAACUACAGGAACCUGGUCUCCUUGGGGUUUCCGUUUUCUAAACCCAAUAUCAUCUCCCAAUUGGAACAAGUGGUAAACCCACAAAGACAAACAGAGGAGGAAGAACUGCCAAGAAGCAGCUGCGUAUUACAGGGAACUUUUUUACUUUUUCCCCCAGAUGUGGAGACCAGAAAGUCAAAACCAAAGAAGUUAUUUGCUGAAAAAGAAUCAAAUCAGGGGAUAGAUAUGGAGAGAGACACAAAAGUUGAUGCAAGGACCUCCAGUUUGAAAGAGGCUUGGCGCUAUGAAAAUUACUCAGAGAUCAAACAGAGGACUCAGAAAAGACUUUGGAAAGAAGCAACAGGUACUUGUGAGAAAAGAACUUCUAUAGCAUACAGUAAGCCCAAAUGUGUUGAAUUUGGCAGACAUAUUAGUCUGCAGCCAGACUUUGUUAUGCAACCAACUAACCCUAAAGAGGAGAGACCUUUCAUGCAUGAUGCUCAGGGAAGGAGCUGCAAACAGAAUUCAAAAUUAGCCAGACAUCAGAAAGAGAGCAGAGAUGAGAAAGUUCUUCAGUGUAAUGAAUGUGGUAACAUUUUUAGUGAUUACUCAGUUUUUAUUGAACAUUGUAUAGUUCAUACUGGAGAGAAAAAUUCAGAAUGUAAUCAAUGUGAGAAGACGACCUUUGGUCAUGGCAUACACUAUACUGAACAUCCAAAAACUAAUACAGGGCAGAAAUCUUAUGAAGAUAGAAAAGUCUAUAAUUGGAACUCACGCCUUACCAGACAUCAGAAGAGUAUUCACAGUGGGAAGGAAUAUAAUGUGCAAGAAAGAGCUUUAGUUCCAUAUAGACCAUAUAUUCAACUUAACAAAACCCAUAACAGAGAGAAACCUUAUGAGUGUAGUGAAUGUAGAAAAGCUUUCAGUAAUUAUUCAGCCCUUACAGCACAUCAGAGAAUUCAUACUGGGGAGAAACCAUAUGAAUGUAAAGAAUGUGGCAAAGCCUUUAGUCACAAUUCAUCUCGUAUUCAACACCAGAGAAUCCAUACUGGAGAGAAACCGUAUGAAUGUAAUGAAUGUGGCAAAGCCUUUAAUCACAAUUCAUCUCUUAUUCAACACCAAAGAAUCCAUACUGGAGAGAAACCCUAUGAAUGUAAUGAGUGUGGGAAGGCUUUUACCCAGAUAACACACUUUGUUCAACAUCAGCGAGUUCACACUGGAGAGAAACCUUAUGAGUGUGACACGUGUGGGAAAGCCUUCAGCCGUAAUUCAGCCUGUAUUGAACAUCAGUUUAUUCACACUGGGCAGAAGCCCUAUGAAUGCACAGAAUGUGGGAAAGCCUUUAGUCACAACUCUUCCCUUAUUGUCCAUCAGUUAAUUCACACUGGAGAGAAACCAUAUAAAUGUAAGGAAUGUGGUAAGGUCUUCAGUCAGAGCUCACACCUCUAUCAACACCGGAGAACUCACACUGGAGAAAAACCUUAUACUUGCAAUGACUGUGGGAAAGCCUUUCGUGAUCGAUCAGUCCUUAUACGACAUCACAGAGUUCACACUGGAGAAAAACCCUACCAAUGUAAAAAAUGUGGGAAAGCCUUCAGGCAGAGCUCAACUCUUUUAAAACAUAUGAAACUCCACACUGGAGAGAAACCUUAUACUUGUAAAUAUUGUGGGAAAACCUUCAGGCAGAGUUCAUCUCUUACUCAACACCAGAGGGUUCAUACUGGAGAGAAACCAUUUGAAUGUCAGGAGUGUGGGAAAGCCUUCAGCCGAAGUGCCCAUGUUAGCCAACACCAGAGGAUCCACACUGGAGAGAAACCUUGUGAGUGCAGCAAAUGUGGCAAAACCUUCAGGUACAGCUCAGCCCUCGUUAGACAUCAGAGACUUCACACUGAAGAGUCUCCCUGAAAAUGUGGACAAAUUCAUACAGACUCUUCAUUUUGUUAAAUACUAAAGAAUCAUACUUCUACAGGUUGUUACAAUUGUGAUGCUUUUCUAUUUUGAGGAAUGAAACCCCCCUAGCCCCAUUUUCUCCUGCAAAGCAUUAACUGUGAGAAUAUCACAAAUCCAAGUGAAGAAAUGCUGAUCCAAUAUCUCAGUCUAAUAGGCUCUAAACAUCAAUCUUUACCUAUGUAUGUGUGUAUUUUUAUCUAUAUCCCAAAAUGUCUGAUGUCACCAUGCAGUGAUUUUUACCUCUUGACCGAGGAUUAAGCCAAGGAAUACUAGUUCAAAACUGAGCUUGUACUGAUGGGAAUAAUGCCAUGUCCAGACAAAAUAGAGAAACUCAUGGUUAAUUGUAUUUUCUAAUACCACCUUCCUAUAAAUCUCUUCACUAACGUAGUAGGCCAGAUGUCAAGGCUGAUGGUACUUCAAACACCAAGAGAAUUUGAAAAAUUAUUAUUCAUACAAAAGAUUAAUGGGGAUAGCAGAGUAGAUGUAGGCUGGUCCAAAAUGGCAAGAAUAGAGAGGAAGUUGACCUUCUUAGUGGCCAGCUUGUGGGGCUAGGGAGCAUUCCCACAUAUGGGUUUGGGGGGAUUCAUGCCUCUGCCAGUUGCAAGAGCUCAGGUGAUGCCAAUGGAUUUCCCUGUAUAAGUCUCAGGCAUGCAGUGGGAUGGGGAGAAAACUGUGGAAGCUCAGUGCUCUCGCUAGCCAGACAUAAAAAAUAGAGUCAAACUCUGUUAUGUCUCCUUUCUCAGAAAACCUUUGUUCACUUAUCUCAAAAUAGCUCUUUAAACGUUGUGUUUUCUGUUGACAAGGAAUUUAUUUGCUCUUUCCAUUGCCCCUUCUUAGGAUUUUUUUUUUCUUCCUUUUCCUCAAGGAAAAAUUGUAACUAUCAUUUCUGAGAAAGUAAGCACCACUUAGCCCUGAAACUGACAGCCUUAUGCAGGAACUGUUGUCUCACCCAAUCCUGACAGGAGAGUUCAGGAAGUUUGAGCCAACACUUUCAGAAAACAUUCUGGGGAAAAACAAAUAGCUAUAUCAAUUUGUAUUAAACUUUCACCAAACUGAAUUACUUGGGUUUGUCUGAUGAAAAUUCCCAUAUAUGGCUGUAAGAAAUUUUAUGUGUACUUUAAAUAAAGCACUAUUUUGAUCACACUGUGACUCUACAC